AUGAAGUUGGGUUGCAGAGGAGGAGUAAUCUCUAGUGCUGCCCACACCAUCUUCAACUUCACAAACUCUCUGCACAGCAAGCCUAAUUCUAAGGCCCAGGCAAAACUAGUUGCUGCUAAGAAACACAGUGAGACCGAGAAAAGAUGAAGAGCUCGAAUCAAUGCCCAAUACGUCACUCUUCGAACCAUUCUCCCCAACUUGAUUAAAAUGGACAAGGCAUCGGUGAUUGGAGAAACCAUUAGUCGGGUGAAGAAGCUGAAGAAGGCGGCGGCGAAAGUGGAAGCAGCAUGUCAUAGCGGUGGAAGAGAGGAUGACGAGUGUGUUGUCCCCAGUGGGGCUGACGGGUUGAGUUUGGAAUACUGUGAAUUCGGAAGAGGGUUGGUGAUGAAGGCCAUGUUGAGCUGCGAGGACAGGGCGGGGCUGAUGACAGAAGUGACGAGGGCAGUGAGGUCGGUAAAAGGGAAGGUUGUGAGGGCUGAUAUGGUCACUGUGGGUGGGCGGAUCAAGAUUUUGAUGUGGCUGAAAGGGUUGGGUUGUAGUGGUAAAAAUGAAGAGUUGGUGGUGCUGAGGAGAGCUUUGAAGGUGACCAUGGAGAGACCUGUUUAUGGUAAUGUUAAUAGAAGGGUCCGUUUUCUUCAAAGGGACUACUUCUGA